AUGACUGAAAACCGCUUGCAAGAAGUGUAUUUGGGUAAUAUGGAAGCAUCAGUUGUUGACGCCCUUGUGAAGUUCUGCUACUCUGGAGAGAUAAAUAUUAGUAACGCCAAUGUAUUGAACAUUCUAUCCGCUGCUCGUUUGUUUCAAUUGGACCAAGUUGAGGAGUUGUGUCGUGAAUUCCUGAAAAAAAAGUUGGAGCCGUCCAGUUCCUUGGUAGUACGACCGGUUACCGACAGUAUUUCGUGUCCUGAAGCCGACGAGAAUGUCUUGCAUAACUUCGAAAAUGCUGUGAAUACGGAAAAAGCUCAUGAAAUUCUCGUUAACCAACUAGUUGAACUGAUUUUAAAUGAAGAGCUAAGUGUAACGAUUAAUGGCGCAGUGGGAGGAUACGGCCACGCUUCCGGAGAAUACUUCGAUCCUGGGGAGAAAUUUCCAAGAUAUGCCGGCGUUGCUGCUCUCGACGAUUUGCUUUACGUUGUUGGCGGCUUGAGUGACGGAAAGCUGUGA